UUUCCAAGCAUCGAAAUUCUUGAACCUCACUUUUGCACACAACAACAAAACUCACAUUCAUUUGGCACCCGUAUUCAGUUUCCUGGGAAUCGAAAAAUGGCGCCUGGAGCUACAGAACCAACUGAGCAGGAGCAACAAACCCCAGCUGCUGUUGCGCCUCCAAAAGAUCUCCCCAAAGGCGUGGUGCUGGGUCCUGAUGGCAAACCAUGCCGCACCUGCUCCAACGUCUCCUCGCUCCUCGCCCUCUCAAAAAGCACCUCUACCAAAUCCUCCAAACCCGUCCCCGCUACCACCACAACCACUUACCCCAUUGACUGCCCUCCCGACGUUGAACAGCUCGGCCGCUCCUCCUGGACGCUCCUCCACUCCAUAACAGGCGCAUACCCUACCAACCCGUCCCCCACACUACAAGCCGAAACGCGGUCUUUCGUCUCCACGUUCGCGAAGCUGUACCCGUGCUGGCAUUGCGCGGGUGAUUUCCAGGAGUGGAUGCGCCGCGAUGGGAAUGCGCCGCGUGUGAGCAGCCGCGAGGAGUUUGGUCGUUGGAUGUGCGAGGCGCAUAAUGCGGUUAAUGUCAAGCUGGGGAAGCAAGUAUUUGACUGUGGGAGGUGGGAGGAGCGGUGGCGGACCGGCUGGAAGGAUGGGAGGUGCGGAUAA